AUGACGAUUGUCUCCGUGGAGGCGGCGUAUGCCGAGGGCGUCGAAGUGCUCUACGCAACGAACACCUUCUUCUCCGAGAGCGACGCCCUGUUCGACCACCUGGUCUGCGCCCGGCCCGGCGCCCGCCACCUGCUGCUCCCGGAACGCCUGGCCAGCAUCAAGUCUCUCGAGCUGAGGUGGGAGCAGCGCAUCUCGGCCGCCUCUGUAACCGGUUUCCAAACCUACGCUCUCUGGCCCUCCAAUGUCUUCUCCGCCGUGAAGGACGGCCUUGACCUGGAAAUGGAACGGAAGGCAAGAGAGUGA